AUGGCCGAGGCGACUCGCCGAGCUGCAGAGUGUGGGCUUCGAGGCGACGAUGUCACCUUCAACUCAGUCCUGGAGACGGCGCCCGGGAUGCUGCAGAUUGCGCAGAAGAAUUCUUGCAAUUUGACCCCAUGGGCGACGAGGUUCUUCUUCGUGCACACGUAUUAUGUUUACACCUACGUGUUCUACAUGUUUGUCCUCGCGUUCUACAAGGGCUACGCGCUGGAGUACCCUGCGAGUACCAGGUGGAUGGAGAUGGCGCUCAUCAUGACCCUUCCCCUG